AGCGCACGGCUCGAUGUGUUAUGAAUUUUACAGUAUCUCCUAUUUUUCUCGAAUUUUCACCUCCCAAGAAACAGAAGCGAUCACGGAGAGAUGCGAUGAACCGUUGCGAUUCGAAGCGAGCUCGGAUUUAAAUCUAUCUGUGGUUUGACAUCUCCGCUAUACACGCUAUAGAAGCGACAACAGCUUUCGGCCGGCGUCCGCUGUUGUUUAUCUCGUUCCUCAGGACGUCCCGAGGAACACCGAUUUUUUCAGUGAGAAGUUAGUUGUACUCGAUUACAUUUGAUUCUCGCGAAUCGACAUUCGUGCCUGCGUUAAUCGCCAGUAAAGGAAGUGUCCCUCGCGAAGAUGCGAUUGCGAGGUUAAAUCCUCGUGAGACGCGACCUCAUGCGAGAUUAACCAUUUUGUGAUUAAGAUCGCUCGCAGUUACACGUCGGCAAACGAGUCCAACCGCUCCAUGUGACUCGCGCGAAAGGCCGCAAGCAUGAUUCUUUACUCCUUAAUGUAAGGACACACAUACCGCGUGAAUGUCUCAGUAGUGCGAUCCUCUGCAUGGUGUAUAAAUUUAUCGGAUACUCGUAAUCAUAUCCAUAAAUAUGUUACUGAUAAUAGCUGCCUGUAAAAUAAUUUGCGGACUGAUUUUCCUGCCACUGCUAUUGAUAAAAUGGAGAAAGAUGUACUCGAGAAAGAGGAAAGCAAGGCAAGAGAAAGGCACUGUCGUCGGGAUCUUUCAUCCGUAUUGCGACGCAGGUGGAGGUGGUGAAAGAGUGCUUUGGUAUGCAGUGCACGCUAUACAGAAUAAGUAUGUAUCUAUCGCAUCUGAUGUCGUUAAAAGAUACAUGACAAUAUUUUCCAAGUCAAAUGUAAGAUUUGUGUCACUACCGUUGCUUUUCAUUGUGUUUCUUAUCGUCACUAUCUGCGUUGAUUUCAGAUAUCCUGAUGUGCACAUAGCCAUAUACACCGGUGAUCUUUACGCAGGUCCCGAGGAGAUACUCAGCAGAACUGAAAAGGUAUUCAAUGUGAAGCUACAGCGAAAUAUCGAAUUUAUCUAUCUGCACAGGCGAAAGUGGGUGGAAGCUUCCAUGUAUCCCUACUUUACUCUUCUGGGACAAAGUCUAGGAUCCAUUUGGCUGGGUAUCGAGGCAUUGAACAGUCUUCUGCCAGACAUAUACAUCGACACAAUGGGUUACGCGUUUACAUAUCCUCUGUUCAAGUACAUCGGCGGUUGCCGUGUCGGAUCGUACACGCAUUACCCUACUAUCUCGCACGAUAUGCUCAAGUACGUCUAUAGGAGAGUAACGACGUAUAACAAUCGAAGGAUCAUCGCCAGGAAUCCGUUCUUCACGAUGGGAAAGCUCCUUUAUUACAAUCUGUUCGCGUUCUUAUACGGCUGGGUCGGCAGUUGCGCCGAAACCGUGAUGGUGAACUCCUCGUGGACGGAGGACCAUAUCAAUUCCAUCUGGAAAUGCCCGCUGAAGACGCACCUUGUGUAUCCGCCGUGCAGCGUGGAACACCUGACCGAAUUGCCGCUCCUCAGCGACGAGGAGAAGGGCGACUGCAUACGCAUAGUGGCGGUCGCGCAGUUCAGGCCGGAGAAGAACCAUCCGCUUAUGCUGAGGGCGAUGUUCGAGCUGAGAUCGAUCGUCCACGAGGAAAUCUGGGAAAAGGUGAAAUUAAUCUGUAUCGGCUCCUGUCGAGACGCCGAGGAUGAGGCGCGCGUCAAGGACAUGGAGGACCUCGCGAAACACUUAGCUCUGGAGGAUAACGUCGAGUUCAAGCUUAACAUUCCGUACGCCGAGCUCGUGUCGGAACUUCGGAGGGCCACGAUCGGCCUGCACACCAUGUGGAACGAGCACUUUGGCAUCAGCAUCGUAGAAUGCAUGGCCGCGGGACUGAUUAUGGUGGCUCACGCCUCCGGUGGACCAAGCACGGACAUCAUAGAAACGCAUACGGGCAGCACGAACGGUUUCCUCGCGGAGACCGAGGAGGAGUACGGCAGAACACUGGGGUACAUCAUAUACAUGAACCAGAAUGACCGAGACGCUAUUCGAGUCGCUGCCAGGUCAUCCGUAAGCCGUUUCUCAUGCGAGAACUUCGAGGAGGAAUUCCUACGAGCGAUCGAGCCGUUUUUCAGACUGAAACAGGAUUAGUUUCGACCCCUCCUCGUUCAAUUUUUCCCCAAAAGUGGUAAGUCGCGCGUACGAGUGAUUCGAACUUUCACGGCGACACGUCAAGUUAUUCUGUACCUGUGAAAAAUGAUGUGUAUGUAUGUAUGUAUGUAACAAAUAAUUUACUGUAUGAUAAUUA